CUUCCGCUUCCGGUGGGGCCGUCCCUAGCGGUAGAGAUGGCGGCGACUGCAACGGAGGCCGCGUCCUCGGCCUCUGCAGAACCCCGGGAAGAGGCUGAAGGCCCUAGCCCCGCCUGGGAUGAGUCCCAACUGCGCAGUUACACUUUCCCGACCCGGCCCAUCCCGCGUCUGAGUCAAAGCGACCCCCGGGCGGAGGAGCUUAUCGAGAAUGAGGAGCCUGUGGUGCUGACGGACACAAAUCUUGUGUAUCCUGCACUAAAAUGGGACCUUGAAUACCUGCAAGAAAAUAUUGGCAACGGUGACUUCUCCGUGUACAGUGCCAGCACCCACAAGUUCUUGUACUAUGAUGAGAAGAAGAUGGCUAAUUUCCAGAACUUUAAGCCAAGGUCCAACAGGGAAGAAAUGAAAUUUCAUGAGUUUGUUGAGAAACUGCAGGAUAUACAGCAGCGAGGUGGUGAAGAGAGGUUGUAUCUACAGCAAACACUCAAUGAUACUGUGGGCAGGAAGAUUGUCAUGGACUUCUUGGGUUUUAACUGGAACUGGAUUAAUAAGCAACAGGGAAAGCGUGGCUGGGGGCAGCUGACCUCUAACCUGCUGCUUAUCGGCAUGGAAGGAAAUGUGACACCUGCUCACUAUGAUGAGCAACAGAACUUCUUUGCUCAGAUAAAAGGCCACAAGCGAUGCAUUUUGUUCCCUCCGGAUCAGUUUGAGUGCCUCUACCCAUAUCCUGUUCAUCAUCCCUGUGACAGACAGAGCCAGGUGGACUUUGACAAUCCUGACUACGAGAGGUUUCCCAAUUUCCAGAACGUGGUUGGUUACGAAACAGUGGUUGGCCCCGGUGAUGUUCUUUACAUCCCAAUGUACUGGUGGCAUCACAUAGAGUCAUUACUAAAUGGGGGGAUAACCAUCACUGUGAACUUCUGGUAUAAGGGGGCCCCGACUCCUAAGAGAAUUGAAUAUCCUCUCAAAGCCCAUCAGAAAGUGGCCAUAAUGAGAAACAUUGAGAAGAUGCUUGGAGAGGCCUUGGGGAACCCACAAGAGGUGGGGCCCUUGUUGAACACAAUGAUCAAGGGCCGAUACAACUAGCCUGCCAGGAGUCAAGGCCUCCUGCCAGGUGACUGCUAGCCCGUCCACACCGCUUCAUUGAUGAGGACAGGAGACUCCAAGCGCUAGUAUUGCACGCUGCACUUAAUGGACUGGACUCUUGCCAUGGCCCUGGAGGCAGGUGUUUGGGGCAAGGCAGGGUGGUUGGCACUCCACUCCCAUUCGGAGGGAUUCUUACCCUUGCCUCUGUGCCCCAGCACCCUCCCUCUCUGCCCCCUGAAGUCCUGCAUUCAGUGUGUGGAGUCCCCAGCUUCUGGUUGUCAUCCUGUCUGUGUGUUGGUCUGUCCACCUCGGGGUGUGUGUGCGUGUGUGUGCCUGCACACGCGUGUAUGUGUUUCUUCCUCACUCCCUCCUUCUGGGUCAGGAUGCCACUUCUGGCUCUCAGCUCUGUCUCCUGCAACCUCAGUGCCUCAGCCUGAGAGAGGAGAUGCUCUCGGAUGCCCCCACAUCUGGGCUCCAGGGCCACAGCUGUCCUGUCCGUGAGGUCAGUCUGCCCCCUCCCAGUUUUCACAGAGUGAGGCUCUAGGCUGGUAGGAAUGCUACGGGACUCUAAUGGGAGAGAGAGGGAGGGGGAGGCUUCCCUCUGAGAGCCUCAGUAGCUUCCUCGGAGAGCGAAUUAGGCAGGGUUCCAACUUGGACCUUCAAGCUCAAGCCAUACACAGAAAAGCACCUUGGGACAAAGGAACCAAGGAUUGUGCAAAACGUCCAGAUUACAGGAGUUUUUACAUACAGCUGCUUUCUUUCAGCACCAGCUCUUGCUCUCUGUCCUGGGUGCCUGGGGAGUCCUCCAGCAGUGUCUUCUGUAGGUUCUAAGAGUGCAGGCCUCUUGGGGAUAUGUGUGUGUGCAUGUGUCUACACUGGCCUGCCUCUCUGCUGACCAAGUUUCUACUGCUUAACCUUGUCCAGUGGAGCAUACAGCAGGAACUCCAAGGCAAUACUGCCUGAGCUGGUCUAAAGCUUUUAAACUCAUUUUUAGCCAUUGGAUGUUUGUCUCAACAACCUGCCUGAGACCGACUGGCUAGAGCCUCCAGAUCCUACGACCCUCCCUGCCCAGGCCAAGUCCUCGGCUACGUCUGUGGAGCUUCCUGGCACAAGUAGACUAAGUGGGGUCAAGCUGAGGCAGCUAACUCACCACCUGUCAUCCGCCUCAUGGCAAGGGCAGAAAUGUAGCCUUGCCUCUUGAAGCCAGAACCUCUGCCAGACCCCACUGUAAUGUUCCACGAACACCCUCAAAAGUCAGGGCAACUGGUGGAGCAUGGAGUGGAAUUCCUUUUCUGUUCACAGUUACUUGUGGGAACCACUCUCAGGGCUGCAGCUCACAGCUGGGUCACCGGGCACUGCACAACUCAAAGGGCUCGUGUGGUGAAAGUGGGGGCCUUGGAAUGGGCAGUGUGGCAGCCCUGUGUCCUGUCGCCUCCACUCCCGUCUCCACGCCCCUUCUCUCUGGAAGGAAAAAGGAGUUGGAAGUCUCUGGGUUCAUUUUUUUUCCUUUUUUUUUUUUUUUGCCAAAGGUUUACUUCCAGUGUCUGAGCUGUGGCUCUCACCCCCAGAGCUCAGUUUAUAGCUACAGUGCACUGAUGGACUGAGAGGAUGAGCGUGUGUGUGUGCAUGAGCGCACCCGUGUGUAUUUUGGGGUGGGGUGUUUAUUUUUAGUACCCCAUGCUGGGGUUCUCUGAUGCAGUGUGGGUGUUCAAACACGGUACCUUCUAAAGUGUAGUUCUUUCAAAUAUAGCCAAUGCUGGAAAAUGUGA